AUGUUUCAGAUGAAUAGUCUGAAAGAAGAUAAUAUAUCUGCGGGUAAAUAUUCUGAACAAAAUUCAGUUUGGCCAUGUCCCCAUACUACUCCACACUGCACCUUCAAUUCAGCAAACAACGCAAUUGAUGGCUCAAUCAAUACAUGUAUGAAAACUGAUAUUAUUGGUCCAUCAUCAGAAGAUCAAACGGUGUGGUGGAGAUUAGACCUUGGAGACAUAAAAAGUAUAUACAGUAUCAGGAUACAGUUUAAAGACUAUGGAUUGCAAUAUUUACAAAGACAAAGGGGAAGAUUUGCUGGAUUUUCUUUAAUUAUUUCAAACACAAUCAGAAAACAAAGUGGUUAUAGUUGUUACAAGGACGGACCGGAAUUACCUCUGUUAGAUAUUACCAACGUCUGCACCAAUCAUGGGCGUUACAUUACAUUUUACAACGAGAGAAUUGAUGGGGAAAAAUAUCCUGAUAAUUACGAAAAAUCAAUUGUAACUGAGUUAUGUGAAGUGAAUGUGAUGGGUUGCAUUAAUGAUGGCUUUUAUGGAGAAAACUGUGACUUUCCCUGCCCCUUACAAUGCCAGGACAGAAGAUGUCAUAUAAUAAAUGGAACUUGUCUUGGCUGUACAACUGGUUGGAUGGGAGAUUUCUGUAAUAAAACUUGCGCCUAUGGGUAUUAUGGCAUGGAGUGUAAAUCAAAGUGUAUAGGUCAUUGCCUGGCUGGUACUUCCUGUAAUCAUAUCAGUGGAUUAUGUGAAUAUGGAUGCGAUGCUGGAUGGGCUACACCAACCUGUGAUCAACCUUGUCAGGAUGGAUGGUAUGGACCUAAUUGUACAUCUAAAUGCAGCAGAAAUUGUAAAAGCAAUUUACCAUGUGACAGGGCGAGUGGGAAAUGUGAAAGCUGUGCAGAUGGCUACAUUGGAACUUUUUGUAAUAAAUCAUGUGCAAAUGGCAAAUACGGACAAAAUUGUUCCAAGAGUUGUAAUGCCAAAUGUCGAGGUCAAAACUGCUUUCAUGAAAAUGGAUUUUGUACUGAAGGAUGUGAAGAUGGAUACCAGGGAAACACCUGUACCGAAAAAUGUAACAAUGGAUGGUAUGGAAAAAAUUGUACUGGGGAAUGUAACUUUAACUGCGUUGGAAAAUCCUGUCACCAUGUAAAUGGACACUGUAUCACUGGUUGUAAACCUGGAUGGACCGGUCUGAACUGCAGUCAACCUUGCAGUUUGGGAUUAUACGGAGAAAACUGCUCAGAAACAUGCAGUUCUUUCUGCAGAAUAAGUCUUCAUUGCAACAAUACUAAUGGAAAUUGCGACGAUGGCUGCAUGGAUGGAUAUAUAGAGCCAAAGUGCAAUAAAAUCUGCAAGAGUGGCUGGUUUGGCAAAAACUGCUCCCAAUACUGUAACGUAAACUGUGUAAACCAAACGUGUGACCACAGAGAUGGGUUUUGUACAUCUGGAUGCAAGUCAGGCUGGAAGUCUUCCAACUGUUCUGAAGUGUGUGAUGUAGGCUCUUAUGGCAAACAUUGUUUAAACAGCUGUUCAAACUGCCUUAAAAACCUAUGUGAUCCUUUCAAUGGAAUCUGUACUGAGGGAUGUGACAACGGAUAUUUGGGUAAAAAAUGUGAUAAACUUUGUGAUAUAGGAUGGUAUGGGAAGAAUUGUUCCGAUACAUGCAAUCAAAAUUGUGUAAAUAAGUCAUGUAACAACACACAUGGUGGAUGUAUUAAAGGAUGUGAACCUGGAUGGAUGGGAUUUAACUGUUCUGAUGAUUGUAUGUAUGGGACCUAUGGAGCAGAUUGCAAAGAAAGAUGUGGCAACUGUGCUGACAAUGCAACAUGUGAUAGGUUUAAUGGAAGUUGCAUGAAUGGAUGUGAACAAAUAUUCACAGGGGAUAAAUGUGAUAAGAAUACAUUGACUUUGAGGAAGACAGCAUUUGAGGCAGAGGCAGCAGAUAGCGGUGUUCUGGGAGGUUCAUUAGCUACAUGCUUCCUCUUUAUAGGAGCUGUUGUCAUCACAGCUAUAUUUAUCAUUCGACGGAAGAGAAAUACCAGGGGAAAUAACACUUCAAAUAGACAACAGAGUUCAAAUGAUCAUGACGAAAUUGAAAUAAAUGGCUUUGACAACGUUGUUUUUAACACACAAUCUGUACCAGAAAAGGUUUCUCCAAAGCAUAAAACGAUAACAAUUUUGGAGUUAGAGGAAAGAAUUAAGUCCAUGUCAAACAAUGAGAAUGCUUCUUUUAAAAAGGAAUAUGAGAAAAUACCAAGGGGAGAAUUGUAUCCAUGUACUGAAGGGAAAAAGCCCGAGAACGUUUCAAAGAAUCGAUACACGACAACUUUCCCAUAUGACCAUUCGAGAGUUAUCCUUAAAAAAUUGAAUCCUAAGGAAUCAGACUAUAUUAAUGCAAACUACAUUGAGAAUGCACAAGGGAGAAGGGCUUAUAUUGCCACACAAGGACCAAAACCAAAGACAAUUGCAGACUUCUGGAGAAUGGUUUGGCAAGAAAAUAUUUCUAUCAUCGUUUGUCUUACUAAUCUUAAAGAAGGCAUGAAGACAAAAUGUGCCCUGUAUUGGCCAAAUGUUAACGACAAAAUUCAGAACGGCCAACUGUACGUCAGGCAACAAGAUGAGAAAGUUUACGCAAAUCACACAAUAAGAAAACUAAGGAUCCGAAAUACUGUUGAAAAUACUGAGCGUGACGUCAUAAUGUUCCACUAUACACAAUGGCCUGAUCACGGGGUCCCUGAUCCAUUAAGUCUCGUAGUAUUUCAUCGUCAUGUGAUGAAGAUGUCUGCAAUUUACUACGCGGAAUAUUCAUUAGUUCACUGCAGUGCAGGUGUCGGAAGGACAGGGACAUAUAUUGCACUUGACGCCCUCUAUCGGCAAGCUGACGAAACAGGAAAAAUUAAUAUUCCAAAAUAUUUAGAAACUAUGAGAAAAGACAGAAUGAACAUGAUACAGGGAGAGGAUCAGUACAAAACAGUUUAUUUGGCGUUAUACGAAUCGUUCAGAGGAAGAGCAAGGUCUAUCUCUACAGACAGAUUUCUAGAGCAAUUCCAGGAGCAGAGCUGUUAUACCAAUCUUGGACACGUGGCCAACAAAUCUCCCCUAUCUGCUGAAUUUGAGGAGUUGUUCUCUUUGAGAAAAGAAUAUUCUGAAACAGAUUACGAAUUUGGAAGAAAGAAUAUGGAGGCAAACUUAUCCCCCAAUAUAUUACCUGGUAAUUAAAUGAAAACUCCGUUAGAAAUGAUUGGUUUUUUUUAAU